AUGGUCACGUUCCAUUGUCUUCCCGUUCAAGCUUAUUGGGAUAAGAGCAUUGAAGGUGCCGUCUGCAAGAUCAACGACUCUCAGUUCUUUUUCGGUACCUGCCUUACACAUUUUGCUCUCGACGUUGUCAUCUUGGCCUUGCCCAUCAUUGAAGUCUUCAAGCUUCGACUACGAAUGGGGCAGAAGAUUGCAAUCACUGCUCUCUUCGUUAUUGGUUUCGUUGUUUGUCUUGCGUCAACGUUUGUUGUUGUCGAAUCAAUCAGAUACGAUGUCAAUACAACGCAAAUGCCACGAGACAUGGCUCGAAACGACAUGUGGGGUGUUGUCGAAAUUAACAUUGCCAUUGUCUCUGGAUGCUUUCCUCUUCUACGGCCCAUCUUCACCAAGAUUCUCCCCAAGAGAUUCCUCAGCUCUGCUGGAAGCAGCCAUCCCAUCAGCCGAACCACAAACGCUAUACGUCUCACCACCAUCAACCGCACCAACAAGGAAAGGGAAGCAGACGACGACAACAGCUCUACCCAGGAACUGGCCGAUCCCGAAAGAGGAAUCCAUGCAAACUUCGAAAUUAUCGAUAACAAGGAGGGUCCUCGGACGUAUAUCUCGAGCCGUAAUACUGAAUCUUUGCAUUCAAGAGAGCAGGAUAUGAGCGGUAUCUAUGUACGGAAUGAUGUUGUGCAAGAGGUAGAAGAAUCCAACUAUGAAUAUUCGUCGAGGCGAUAA